GUCCAAGUAUUUGAUAUGGCGAUCUGGCAACAUUUUUUCUUUUUUGCAGCCCACGCCAUUUCAUCUUGUUCCGUCGUCGUCUCAAACGUGCUGUUAGUUUUAGAAAAAGAACGUGUUUUAACCAUGGCUGAUGAUCAGAAACCUGAUGCAGGUGAUGCCGGAUCAGAGUACAUUAAAUUGAAAGUUGUGGGACAAGAUUCAAAUGAAAUUCAUUUUCGAGUAAAGAUGACAACACAAAUGGGAAAGCUCAAAAAGUCCUACAGUGAACGAGUGGGAGUGCCAGUUACUUCUUUGAGAUUCUUAUUUGAUGGAAGACGAAUUAAUGAUGAUGAAACCCCAAAACAGUUGGAAAUGGAGAAUGAUGAUGUCAUUGAAGUUUACCAAGAACAAACUGGUGGCAAGUAAUUUAAGAACCUCGAUGCAUCCAUGGAAAAACCUUUCCACAUUUUCUGGACAAACUGUCUUUUAAUUUCCAAUGUUGUCAUCAAAAUUAUCGCCCUGCUUUCUGUUCUUUUCAUUUCCAAUCGAAUAAAUAAAACCAUUUUCGUAAUUGAGAA